GCGGACCAGCGUAGUUUACAUCGUCUUUAUCUCCCUCUGUUAUUUCUUUCUUUCUCUUUUUAAACGAUACGAUCUUGUACGCGAGACGAUCGUUGCUUUUUCGAAGCAACGAGGAGUACGAAGUUGUCCUCGUUUUUAUUUUUAUCACACCGAUGGAAAAUUUGACGUUUAACCUCGAAAGGACAAAUCAAUAGUGAAACGACAUGAACGAGUCGCGAAAUUGACGGACCGGUUUAAACGCAUCUGGCGAAAAGAACGAAACGGAAAUGCGAGCGAAAUAGUCGAGGUGGUUCGAAAGAUUCUUGGAACGAGUGGGUUUUCGUCGGAUACCCGGAGUCGUCGAGUUCGAAUCCGAGGCAAAAGGCGCGUCUAACUAGCCAGGCUUGAUUGAAAGGAGCGCCCGCAGGCCUUUCAAGCUUCGUUACGAGCGAGUCACCCUUGAACCUCGUUAUAUGCAGUCAACUUUUCAACACCUUCGGCGUCGAGGCGCACGCGCCGCACAGAUGCGCCUUCUCGUUGACGUCAAUGCGUCCGAGAACACCGAGGUAUUCUACUAAGGCUUCGCGAAACCACCAAGAGGAAGGAAAAAAAAUUACACUUUUAAUAAGAUUCAUUUUGUAAAUUCAUCGUCGUUUGUACAUGGCGGACAAAGAUAUGAGUUUGUCGCGACGGAACCAAUGUCCAGGACCGUGCAAUCCUCGAAACCGAACCGGUCGAAAAACUUGCCUUCAAAACGUACUAUCGCUUCUCGACGAGCUACCUCCCUGCAUCCGGACGAGAAUUUGCGAGGACGAUUUGCUUGCUUUAUUCGAUAAAUCUCGCCGGUACACCAACGGAGGACCAGAUACUCAAAAGGUAACGACGACUUCCGAAUACCUGUCCCCGGAGUCAACGCGAUCGCCGAGCGAGAAAAUGACAAGCGAGAGAACACUGAUCGAGAAAAUGAUAAGCGAGAGAACACUAAUCGAGAAAACACAGAGCGAGAGAACACAGAGCGAGAGAACACCAAGCGAGAGAACACAACGCGAGAAAACACCAAGCGAGAGAACACAGCGCGAGUUAACACCAAGCGAAAGAACACAGAGCGGGAGAACACCGAGCGAGAGAACACAGAUCGGGAGAACACCGAGCGAGAGAACACAGAUCGGGAGAACACCGAGCGAGAGAACACAGAGCGAGAGAACUCAGAGCGAGAGAAUACAGAGCGAGAGAACACAGAGCGAGAGAACACAGAGCGAGAGAACACAGAUCGGGAAAACACCGAGCGAGAGAACACAGAGCGAGAGAAUACAGAGCGAGAGAACACCGAGCGAGAGAACACAGAGCGAGAAAACACCGAGUCGUCGUACGGAGAGUGUAAAAACGGCGGAAUCGUUUGAAAAAAAGAUGCAAAUGUUUCGAAAAAUGAAGGUUUCGUCUAAUAAACUGGAUAAGGAAGAAAAGGAGAGCGGGAAGGUAAAAGGAAGACAAGAUAAAGGUACGAAUACAGAAGACAAGGAAACUCAGACGGACUCCUCGGCGAACGAGGAGGCGGCUAGAAUAUUCAGAAAAUGUUGCAAUACUAUCGGAAAAGGAUGUGUUAGAGCACAAAACGUGGUGGCACGUGGAAUGCACGCGUUGGAUUUGAUCAACUUAUCACCAUCUACUUGCCGUAUGAUCAACGCGAUCACCUACGCGAUCAUUAUCUUUCUACCGGCCAUGUUCUCGUGCAACAGCCCCGCUUAUCAAAUCUUUUUAUCCAGUCAAAUUUGCGGGAUCCUCGUAAUGUUGAGCUGGAGAAUCUCCGGAACCGUUCCUUUCUAACGUGAAUCUCGACCUCGUUCGCCUUUUUCCCCUCUUCGAACGCCGGGGAACAGAGAUAAACACAGCGUUCGCGACACGCUGAAAGUUACAAGAGAAGAACCACGAGAUAAUUAUACGGCCACCGACGACGACGCCAAGAGCUUACGAUCCAGCUUGGUUAACAACGAUCACGUUGAAAGCCACGAAUGCAACAAAUCGUGAGAUCGCGUUCAUUGAAUGACGGCCGGAGCCGAGACCGCAAAGCCCGCAAUCGUUUUAAAGUCAUCGACCGCAAGAUACGAUUCACGGACCAACGAGCUUUCGAUUUCUCCGCGAUUCAACAACGAUACACGAGGAAACACGUUUAACCCUUCAUCGAGGCUCGAGUUCUGUUUGUUAUCAGAAAUUUUCACGAAAAGAAAACACGUUACAAGAUCGCUCGGAUUUCUGUAGAAACGAAGCAUCGUGUGGGUGCGUUUCGGGAGUUAGAGGGAGUCCGUGAAGCCAUCAGGCCCGAGGACAGACAGAAGCGGCAGGAAGGGCUGCUACAAAUGGAUUACGGAAGCAGUGGAUAUUAUAGCGAUCCGAAGGGCCAUCCGAGUUACUUAAAUGUUUGUCGUGCUAACGACUUCGCAACGCUCCGCGCCAGGUGUUGUUCCUGUUAUAAUUAUAUGCCCGUGGCACUUUUCUUCGUCGUGAAAUAGCCAGCUUCGAAACGUUUCGAGGAUUAGUUAUAUAAAAUAACGCGUUUCCCGUACAAUUCAUACCAACAGCUACUCGAUUAAAACCCUGUUUACACAAA